AUGCAAGAUGAGUUUACAGCGAUAGAACCUAAACUCAACAUCUAUCACGACUGCAACGAUGGAAUCAUGAGCAAAUCAUAUGACAUUGCUAAAUACUAUAAAGAAAGAGCAAUAUGCUGCCGGCCCUUGUUUCUCCUGUGUUUUAUGCCUAUGGCAGCUGCACUUGGCAGAACCCAAGCUGUUGGUGUCAAAGGAGUUCUCAUAUGUAACGAUAAACCUGCGUCUGAUGUACAAGUGAAGCUCUACGAUGAAGAUAAGUUGAGCCCCGACGAGUUUAUGGCAGGAGGAAAGACUGACAGCAGUGGUCAUUUCGAAAUCAGUGGACAUGGCCGAUCGAGUUUAGCAGGCGAUCACGAGCCUAACCCAACAUCUAUCACGAACCUGCAAUGA